AUGCAUUAGGGUAGGGACAGAACAAAAAUGGAUAGCUCAACUCAGUUGACAAUAUUAGCAAACUAGGCAUUCUCUGAUGCAGCUGAUGAGAUAAACUAUUUAGCAUCGCUUGAUCCCCAGGAAUUUUACUCAUUUAGCAUAAAUCUUCACAGCUUGAGACUAUAUGAAUUGACUAUUGUAACCUAUAAUAUUCGAGUACCAAUACUAUUGUAGAAAGAUGAAAUUUUUGUUAAGACUGAGAUCAAUGAGGACUUCCUGAUGCCUAGAGAGAAUAGAAAGUCCAAAGCAAUCGAAGAAGUAAAUUAAAGAGUUUAUGAUAUGAAGUCACAUUUUCUGGGUGAAAGGACGACACAACCUUAGAUCGAGGUGUAAGCUGAAACGAAAUGGCAGUCAAAAGGAUACCCAGUCGAGAAAAACGGGGCAGAAAUAUUCUCUACUAAGCAGCUAGACCAACCAAUAUCCUAUUUGAUGAUUGAAUUCUUGGCAGUCGCUAUCGGCCCAAAGCAUUGUGAUUUUGAACUUCGUGACUACAGAUCAGGAAAACCAAUGGGUCGAAUCUUUUUCGACAUAAGUGUAGCCUAAUUAUAAAUGAUUGAAGUGGAUUUGCAUGACUUAACUUGCAAGUUCAAUCAUAAAGAAGAUAGACCACUUUAUACUUAAUUCAAAGCGAUGCAUAAUAAUGACAUCCCGAAAAUCAGUGAGCCAACAGCAACAUAAACGGGUAAGUUUAAGAAAGAUAAAAAUUAAACACAUUUCAAAUGGAAGCACUCAGAUAACCUUUUUGAGACGCAAGCUGUUCAAUAAGAAGUCAGUUUAGAAAGUCUCAAGAAUAGUACACUACAAUUGCUUGUGAAGAUUGAUGGAACUUAUACAGACUAACAAAAAGCGAGGGUUCUUGAAAAGGUGGAAAUUAUGAAUAGAAAAUCCAGAUUAUCUGAGGACUAGUCUAAUGCCUAAGAUGGUUAGGAAGAUAUGCCUUUCAUUAUUGAAGACCUAGCGCAAAACAACGAGUCUCAAACAUUCCAAGAUAAGCCAAGUGAACAUUUUUUAAUGGCUCCCAAAGAGGAAACGAUCGAUCGUAUAAGACCUUAUUCUCCAUAGAACUAAAAGAAUAGAAACUAGUCAGUGCUGCUGAAUUUUGAGUAGAAAAGUAAUCUGUUCCUUGAACUUACAAAGAAUAAGUCUGUGCUUAACUAAAAUGGAGACAGUAGUCCAGUAACUGGAGAUAUGAGAAGGUCAAGGUCCAUAAAAAGUAAUAUGCAGAGAAAUGGCAAUGUCAUGACAGAGGCCAAAGACUAUUACAAAUCCUACAGCAAAGUUGAUGACAGACUUGCAACUGAGACAGAUCUAGUAGGUGAGUGCUACCUAGGGUUUUCAAAGUUGUUGCAAUCAGAGUACAGACAGUAUGAGAGAAAGGAAUCUUUUAUACUGUAGAACAAGAUGAGUUUCGUUUAUAAGUAAAACUUAAGUCAGAGUUUUAUGUCAAAAGGCAACAGCGAGUAUAAUGGUGGUGCUAAAGCCAGACUUGAGUUCUCACUCUCUUAAUCAGAGAAUCCUUCUAAGAAAGCUAAAAACGAGAAGAAGUCCUUUUAAGAGCAGCUUUGGUUUAUGGGCAAGGUAAUUGGCUCAAUCAAGGGAAACUUCAAAGUGACUAACAUUCCUAUUAUGCAAUAGAUGGCUCUCGGGAUCUUAACAGAAAAGGGCAUAGUGAUGAAUCAGAUACCAAUGCUCAUAUAAGAUGGUGAGUCUGGCAGUAUCAUUAAUUCUAUGAAGAGAUCUCAGAAAAAUGAGAAAAUUACAUAGCUAAUCGACUUGACACAGCAAUUAAAGAAACUUGACAUUCAAAAGUAGAAAGCUAGAAUGGCAUCAAAAUAAAACAAUGAAAAAGAGAAAAUAUUGCACGAUAUCUAGGUAUUAAUCAAAGACGAUCACAAGCAUGUGAACUCCUCGAUCUUCAAGUACCAAGAUGAAUUAGACCUCAUUCGUGGGCAGUAUGCCUUAAUUGAGCUAGCUUUCCAUUGUCUUAUGUUUGCUGAGAAUGUGAGAUAUGAGUUUAAGCGCGACUACUAUGAAAUCCUUUAGUUUAUUAUGAACAGAGGAGAACUCAAGCUCAACCAUCUAGCACUGUCUAGUGAUAUGCUUCAAUAGUCUAGUACUGGCAAUAAUAAGUAAUAAACGGAAUCUAGCAAGGAAAGCAACUCUAAUCUGCCAUUUGAAAAGAUCAAGCAAGAAAAGAUCAAAGUAGCCUAGUUCUAUUAAAAGCUACUGUUCUAAACACUUGAUGAUUGUCUCACCAAAUUCUGCCGGAAAGAUGUUGAACCAUACAUGAGAUCAUAUUUAGAGAAUCAGAUCUCUCUUGGAUUUUUCAGAGUGCCUAAGUUCUAAACUAUAUUCCUAGAGUGUCUGAAAAAUGAAGACCAGGAGAUGUUCAUUCAAGAGUGGAAAGGAGUGAAUUGGGAUUUGAAUGACAAGAGUGAGUAUGUGAAUCAAGGCUUAAUUAAACUAUUCGACUGGUAACUGCACUUUUUCCAACAUAUCCCUACCUCACCUGAAGUUGAAGACGCAAACAGAUGCCUGAGACGAGUAGAGGUCAACUAAAAAUGGCAGACCAGAAUCAAGAAAAGAUCAGUUGCCUACUUCUAAAUCAUCAGGAACUGGUCUGAAUUCAUUUAGAAGACUGUGCAAACUUAUUCUCUAUUUUGGCAGGACAUUCCAGGAUAUAGAUACAUUCUAAAGUCUAUAAUAAUAGAGAUGAAAACUAGACCUGUGAAUGAAUACCCAGAUCCAUUGAUUGACGCCACUCUCGCUCUAAUCAACAAUAGUUCCUUGCUCACAGUCUUUGUUCAGAUUGUAUUCUUGAAGACUAAUGCGUAUGAUUCAGAAACCUUGCAGUCAACAAUGUCUUUAGUCCUAAAAUGGAUUAAUCAAAUUGAAAGAAUGGGAUUGUAAUUCCCUUCUAACUUUGACUUCCCAUUCUUUUUUAAGGGCAUUUUGAUCUCACUUGAGAUAGAUCACUCUAUAACAAUCCCAAGAACCAUGUAUGUACUCUACAAAACUCUGCAUUUCCUGCCAAUUGACCAGAGAAGUUUCAUCAUCAAUGAAGUAUUAUCUAAGUUCUUCUAUAAACUGUUCUUCUCAUGGUCUUAUACAGUUAGAGAUGUCUUCAUGUCCUUACUUCUUUAUCAAAUUGAGUAUGCCUACUUCCAUAGAACCACUAGCUAUCUAGGGAUGAUGGAAUAGUCAUUCGUUAGAAGCUUCAAAGAGGAAUCUCAAACAUUGUAGAGCAGUGGUUCAUUGGUUCAGAAGGAACAUAUUAGGAUGAGCAGAUAGAAGUCACUAGAUGUUAUUAAAAACAGCAUCAAACAGUAUAAACAAAUUCUAGAGUAAAAUCCUAAUGACGCUGUUGAGGCUUUUGAUAGAUAAAUUAAUUUGAGAAAUAGUAGAAUCAGUGAACUUGGAAGACAUCAUUUCAUUACUCAGAAGACAACAGUAAUGAGUACAAAUCUUGAUGCCCAAAUAGACAUGCCUACUUUAUAAAAUAGCAGUUCUGCAAAUGAUAAAGUGUUAAUUGGAAGAAAUAGCCAAUAAACUUAAAUACUUUAAGGAUUCAUCAGAGAUCACAACGUCUACAGAAGAAAAAUCAAAGAGAUAUUGGUGCUGGAGCAAUACUUUAAUCAAUAGGAUGAAUUCAACAAGUCAAGCUCUAAGAGUUUCAAUUAAUUAUAAAGUGCUAGUUUCAUGAUGGCUUAGUCAAACCAAAUAAACAAUACUGAGUCAUUAUCUAGAGAAAAUUUCAUGAUUGACAUAAGUUCUGACAGUUCAACAGAUAAAUCAGCCAAAAUAAUUGAGUGUAUUCCAAAGGAACUCAGAGUUUAUAUCAAACAUGCUUUGAAGGAUUUCAUAAGGAACGAGGAGGAGUUUGAGGAAUGGAAAAAGAGUCUCCAUUUGAAGCCUAGCACUGAUUUCAUUAGCAGUUUGCCAGACUUCAACAUGGAGAAAAGCAUGCCUGUUGAAGAUGAUGAAAACCUUGAAAAAGCAGAAGAAUGGUGA